GGCGCUGGGAGCUCCCGGCCCAGAGGCUGCAGAUCGAGAGGCUCUUCUCGCCGCCCCCACACAAUCCCAUCCCGAUCCCUCUCUCUCCCACUCGUAGACGCCCGAACUCGACGCGGAAGCGACGUCUCUGAGAGGGAAACUCGGGAUCCAGAGAUGGAGUUUAAUCAACAAAUACUAAAGAAACGUCUGGAGAAGUAUAAAUUCCGGGACCUGACCAUCGAGGAGCUGAAAAAUGUGCACAAGAAAUACCCAGAAUUCCGAUUUUCAAUGGACAAGUACACGUUCAACGAUGGCUCACAGAGAGACCUGCUCAACCUGCUGGGUACUGUACCCGUCACAUAUCAAGGAUUUUCCUACAAUAUUCCAGUCCGCCUGUGGAUCCUUGACUCCCACCCGUUCGGGCCACCUCUGUGCUUCCUGAGGCCAACCCCGGACAUGGUUAUCCGCGAGGGGAAACAUGUGGAUGUGCAGGGACGGGUUUAUUUACCUGGUCUACAGCACUGGAGCCAUCCCAAGUCUGAUGUGGUGAGUUUGCUGAACGAGAUGUCGCUGACCUUUGGGAACGAGCCGCCCUUGUUCUCCAAGCCCAGCACGGACGGAAGGUCGGUGACCGAGCUCAGCGCCAUCCUGGCUGAGGUCACCACAGGUAUCUCAGGCACCAGCCUACAAACAAAGGAGCCAAGUCCACAUCUCCCACCUUACAGCAAAGUCACUGUGCUGGGCAGUGGGGAUCUGGCCAUGGCCUGUGUCACCAGCAUCUUAGCUAAGGAAAUUGUGGAGAGACUGGUGUUCAUUCAGACAUCGGAGAACACGCUGAGAGGAGGUUCCUUGGAACUCGAGAUCUUCAGUCUCCCCCGAGUGGACAGCAGCAAAGACAUGUCGGCCUCGGCAGGCUCCAACGUGGUGGUUGUCACAGCGAACACGCUGGGGAAGGAGGGAUCAUAUGUGAACGUGCUGCAGAGCAACGUGGAGCUGUUCAGGUCCCUCAUCCCCAGUGCCGUGAUGUACAGCCCCCACUGUGUGCUCGUCAUCGCCUCCCAGCCAGUGGACGUGAUGAGCUUCGUGGCCUGGAAGCUGAGUGGCUUUGCUCCACAGCGAGUGCUGGGGACCGGCUGUAACCUGGACACUCAGCGCCUCCGCUACCUGCUGCGGCCCCUCUGCCAGCCCCCGGCUCACCAGCCCUGGCUCAUCGGGGAGCAUGGGGAGAACCAAGUGGCUGUACUGAGGGGCCCAGGUAGGGAUGGGACUCCAGACCUCACCGCAGACCAUCAAACAUACGAGGAGGCAGCACGUCGGGCAGUCCAGGGGCUGAAGGAGAAAGGCCAAAGGUCAUGGUGUGUGGGGCUGUCGGUAGCUGAUCUGACUGAAACCAUCCUGAGCCAGCAUGGGAGGCCACACUCCGUUUGCACACUGGCACAGGGCUAUCACGGGGUUGGCAGCGAGGUGUACCUGAGUCUGCCCUGCCUGCUGGGUGGCUUUGGGGUGCUGGAGGUCACGGCCCUGGAGCUGACACAGGAGGAGGAAGAGAAGCUGCAGAACAGCGCGACAACACUCCGGAACCUACUACAACAGCUGACGCUUUGACACCCAUCACCCAAAGUUGAUACAAGAGUGCAUGAAAGGGGAGGGGUAAGUCGCGGUGGGUAGAUGGGAGCCAUAACUACUAACAUUCAUACUGAGCACAGCCACGCUCCCCAGCCUUGGCUGGUAACCCACAGUCUGUCUGGGGCACAGGCAGGGUGUGCCCACACUGCCAGCCUCAGCAUUGAGUGUCCUCUUGGCUUCAGAUAAUCUUUUGGUCAUGGAUCAUGCAUUGUAUCUGGGAAGAUGUCUGCCCCAACUGUCUUCAAGCUAAAUCAACCAUCCACUUCCUAGCUGUGUGGGAUCAUUGCUGUGCAAAAAUUGGCUGUUGCAUUUGUUUUAAAAAUACACAGUCACUCCACUCGACAGCAGUAACCUGUAAAGCACUUCUAUAGAUUACAUCGAACAUUGUAGCAUGCAAACAGGCCAUCUAGCCCAGCUCCGUGCCGGUAUUUAUACUUCACUCGAGCACCCAUCCCUCCUAACAGGCUCUAUAUCAAGUGUCAAAGCGCUACACAGUUAAUUGUCAAAUGAAACACGUUCUAACUUUAAGAUGUCUACACCCCUCACCCCAUCCCUGCCCCACCAAUGGUGGCCAAGCAUUUCGCCCCCUUGCCCUGACUCUCUGAAACAUUCUCCCUAAAUCCCUUCACACUGGCCUGCUUCAUGUCCCCCGUCCUGCCCGCCUCAUCAUCGAUGGUCAGGCCUUCAGUCUUUCUGCCCCCAUCUUUUGGAACUCCAUCUCACAGUCCCUUCACCUCGCCCUUCCCUUAUCUCCUUGAAGGCCCAUAUCAUGACCCUCCACUUCAACCGUGCCUUUGUUCACCCUCCUAUUACCUACCUUCCCUGCCCUCUUGAUCCCAACUCCCAGCUCGGGCACAAAUCCUUGGAUGUCAAGCGCCUUAGGACCUCUCCCAACGUGAAAAGUGCUUUAAAUCUUACCUGUUUGAUUUUGGUCACCUUGUACCCUGCUCGUGCUCCCUCUCUGUACUGCAAAUUGCUUUGAGACAUUUAACUAUGUGAAAGCUGCUAUCUCAGUGCAAAUUGUUGAAAUAAAUAAUGCUAACUGGACAGCAUAGCAGUGCACAACUCCUUCUCUGGGCAGAUGGGUGUCUGACCCGCAUGAAAAUUCAUUAGCGUGCUUGAGUAUCCAAACCAAAGUGAGAGUUCCACAUAUGUAUGUCAGAAUGUGGCUGGGGUAACUCCUGGAGUCCAACCAGCUAAAACCACAUAGCUUGUCAUUGAUAGUACUGUCUGGCAAGCUUUCCUGCUGCUUGUCCAGCUAGGAUCACACUACCCCCCAACCCGAAAGAUUGUCGAAGGUGCCAUCCCUCAGAUGAGACAUUAAACCCAGGUCCUGUCUGCCUGUUCAGGGGGAUGCUACAGCUGACAUAACACUAUGAAAGAAAGAAGGGAGUUUCUCCAGAUGUCUUGGCUAAAAAUCCUCCAAAUAAAAUGGGUCACUCACUUCAUGGCGAUUCAGACUUCUGUAUAUACAUUGGCUGCAGUUACCCUACAAAUACAGUCACUACAAAUGACAUCAGUUCCCAGCACUAUGAAAUGUCUCAUUAAAAAAGGAUCAACAUCAAA